UGCCGUAGAAAGAAAGCGAAAGUCCUCUGGGUGAAGAUGUCAUUCGUGAAGCUGGUGUCACUGUGCUCCGUGGCUCCCGGUCUGACGGCCCUGCUGAGCGGCUCCGUGUUGGCAGCCAGCGAGGUGAAGAAGAAGAAGAUCUCCCUGCUGAGUAUCGAUGAGCUGCCGUCUUUAUACAGCAGUCCUGAAGUGGAGCCUCCGCAGUACGUGGAGCCGGAGGCGGGGCAGCUGGAGCAGAGCAUCGCGUCACUGAGGAAAUGGGCCGAGCCGUACACAAACCAGUGUCAGGAAACAAGUCAGACUGCAAUGGAGAAAGUUGAGCGAGCGUACAGGACCGUGGAACCGACCAUCAACACGUCCGUCACAACAGUCACAGAUGUGUACCAGUUCCUCAGCGACCCUCCUCCUGAUCUUUACCCCAGUGUGGCUGCAGUGGGUUUCUCUGGAUUCCUCGGACUCUAUUUGGCCCAAGGCUCCAGAGUGAAGCGGCUGCUGUUUCCAGCGGGACUCAUGGCUCUGAGCGCCUCCAUGUUUUACCCUCAGCAGGCGGCGUCCUUAUUAAAGGUGAGUCGGGACUCAGCGUACGCCUGGACUCAGCAGGGCCGAGCGGCUGCGGAGGCUCUUUGGAAAGAUCCACCGUUUGCCAAAAAGAAGUCUGAGAAGAAAGAGAGAACAGAGAACAACGACGACACGAGCAGCUGAGACGACACACACACACACACACACACACACACACACACACACACACACACACACACACACACACACACACACACUCCUCCAACCAAUCACACAUCGGGUUUCCUGCAAGAACACUUUCAUUACUUCUCCUAAAUCUCACUUUUUGCUCAACAAACUCAACACUUAACUGCAUAAACUCAUCUAACCUAAAACCAUCACAGACGCCUCUAAAAGAAAAACCCUCCAUAUAUCAGCCGCUCCGCUCCGUUUCAUUCAUUAAAAAACAGUUUCAGAGUAAAAACCGUUUCAGAGUCUCAGCAGACACAUUUAUGGGCGUCAGCGGUUGAAUUAGAGGAAGUGAAACUUUGAACACUGUGACAUGACAUGAAGUUAAACGCUUAAACAAAAAGCCUCAUGACUAUAAUAUGAGAAGGAGUCAUGUGA